GGGUCACGUGGGCUAGCCGGAGCAAUUGGGGCAGUCUGGGGUUGUCACGUGACCCAGGCCCCAGCUUCGCACAGGGAUGGAGCCGGAAGAGGGGACGCCCUUGUGGCGGCUGCAGAAGCUGCCAGCCGAGCUGGGCCCACAGCUUCUGCACAAAACAAUUGAUGGCAUUUGUGGUCGAGCUUAUCCGCUUUCCCAGGAUUAUCAAAGCAUUUGGGAUUCUACAGAAUGGAUGCAUGUUCUGGAAGACAUUACCCAAUUUUUCAAAGCUGCUGUUGGUAAAAAUUUAUCUGAUGAAGAGAUAUUUCAGCAGUUGAAUCAGUUGAAUUCAUCUCAUCAAGAAGCUAUCAUGAAAUGCUUGAAAAGUAGAAAAGAUGAAAUCAAGCAGGCUCUGUUAGGAGAAAUCAUUGAUAUUUCCUCUGCACAGCUACAGGACUUUGAUUGGCAGUUAAAGCUUGCACUUUCUAGUGACAAGAUUGCUACACUACAGAUGCCACUGUUAAACCUUCAACUAGAUGUCAAAGAAAAUGGUGAAGUAAAACCAUAUUCUAUUGAAAUGAGUAAAGAAGAACUUCAGAAUCUAAUAAAUUCCUUGGAAGCAGCUAAUAAGCCAGCAUGGAACGCUUCAACAAAUAACUCUGCAGGCCGAGACUCAGCUGAUAAAACGGUGAUUGCCACUUACUUUGUUUGCUGGAAGUUAAAGUCAUCCCUGGGCUGGAACUUAGACUUCUGUUGAAAAGCUAUUCCACUGACCACCAAUUAAUGGAUAAAUAAGUUCACACCUUUAGUCUGUUCAGUGUUUUAUUGUCAACGCAUUCUUUCUGAAGGGAGGAAAUGAGUUUGUACGUUGGGGUUCUUCCAAUGAGGAAAGACUGACAAGUAGGUCAUCUCUAGUAUUCAUAUUUACAGUGGAGAUUUUAGAAGAAAUGUGACACAAUGUACUUCACAAAUAAAUGGAUUCAGUUUUAGGAAUCAUUUUUGAAUACAAGGAGACUGUUCAUUUCUUCUGUUUCUAAUACAUAAACACUCCAUAUGUUCAAAUGUUUGUAAGGCGUGUUAUCUUAAAGAAUAUUUUUUAAAAAAUCAAAGUGAUACAGAAACAAAGUCCUGAAAAGUGCUGGUAUUUUUUUUUUUUACAAUUGUUGGAUAAUCCUGCCAAGAAUUUCUUCCAAAUAAAGGGAUUUAACUUUGUAUUAAAUUUUACAAUAAAAGCUCUCAAAUGAUAGAUUCACAAUUCUAAACAUUUUUAAGGAUUAUAAAAAGAUAUGCCUGAAAUCUUAUAUGUGUUGAAAUAGAGUACAAAGUAAGCUUUUUAUAUGUAGGCAUUUUUAAUUAAAAAAUGUUUUAUUUGUGUUUUCAGAAUAAACAAGCUAACAGAAAUUGUACAUAUUUACAGCAAUAAACUACAUUUCAGAAGCUGCACAAGGACUUUUAAAGUACAGCUGACGGUUUUUGACACCAGCCUUUCAAAUAUUUCUUUCUUUCAUUUGCUGUAACAUUUAAAAUCUUAAAGUACCAAAGCAAAGCAAACAGCAACUUAUUUGAUAGCAAAGCCACCCUAUUAACAAAAAAUAUUGAGUGAAGUUCAGUCCUGUGACCAUAAGGGUAUUUGAGAGUCCUGAAAUCUAGAGCACAAGCGUUUCUUGUGUCCGUACCUGAUUGCGAGUAAAUUGUUUCUGCAUUUUACAAGAAUACACAAUUACUCCAUGAAUGAUAAGGAAUAGAAAAAAGGCCAUGAAAGGUAAAAGGGUCAGGAAUCAGAGGCCACUGAACAGUUUCUUAUGCACUGAUUCACUGUUUAGAGGGACAUCUAUUUCUUCUUUCAUGUGUAUAAAUCACAGUCUACAGGCUUCAUGGAUUUUGUCCGCAGAUAGCUUUUGAGAUAAUGAAGGCAUAAUGUCACAUACUUUCAGCACAUAAAAAGAAACUGAUGAAACAAUUAGAAUAUUUUAAUCAAAUCCCUAACAGAAAGGGUACAAACAAGCACACACUGUAUGAAAGUCUGAUUUCAAAUGUAGAAAGCAACUACAGAAAAUCACAAGCAUCAUUAUAACAGCAGUUUCAAUCAGAAAAUGCAGCAUAUACUGAUACAAAAUAGAAAACUUGAAUUAUAAAAGUCAGGAAUACACCUUUUUCUUUCUUGUAAAACCUGUUCCAUUUCAAAUUUCUACAGGUUUACAGAAAUACUCAUUCUUGCCAUUUGGCUUCUUUCGUGGUCUGGAAGUAUACAAAAGUAUUACCUGCUUAUGUAAGAAAGCAAAUGCUUAUGUUAAAAGAGCAUUCAAAUAUUGUAAUUUAUGUUUUGUUGCAAUGAAAAAAGUUUUGCCUUCUGAAAAGUGAAGAGAAAGGGACUCUUGUUUACAAUAACUGUGUAAUACCAAUCAGAAUAUGAGUUAGCUAAAUCACAUUUGAUAGGAGGAUAGAUAGCAAAUUGAUUGGUGGAGAUUUAAAAACACAAGGAAUAAAACAUUCAAUAUCAUCUAGCGUAUUUGGUGAGUUUAGCAUAAUGGAUUUUGAGAGGCAAAAGAGGAUAUGCAUUUCUUUCCAUACGUAUGUAGCACCUGCUUUGAAAACCACAGCUAUUAGUACAGGAUGCUAUGACUUACGAUAGCAAGAGACUGGUUUGCAAAGUUUAGUUAAGUUUUGGAUUUAAUUAAGUUUUAGGUGAAGUGGUAGCCAAAGAGGUGUUCCUUUGCUGGCAGAAUAGUAAUUUCCUAUUCUUCAGCCUAAUGAGUCCUGCUCUCCCAUGCCUCCCAGAUCACCGCAUACAGUUCUUUGCCUCAGGAUCAGUCCCCUUGAGUAAAGUCAAGAGGAGUGAAACAGUAAGAGAUGGCAGGUAGCCGGAACUUUCCAAGCAAGCCACCCUCAACCCAGAUUCUAUUCUGUCUAAAACAGUUUUAUAUGUAUUUGAACAAUAUGCAUAUUGAACUUUCCAAUUUUAAUUUCCAUCAACAUUUUCAAUGACACAAGAUUAUUUCACAUUAGCCAUUAGGCUCCCAUCCCAAAGACACAAAAUGCUGCCUGGUGGUCAAGAAUAAAAUGUAUCUAGAAAUGCCAAAGAUUUUUGGUCCUAGUAAACAGCUGUACCACUUGGAAUUUCUGAAACUCACAUGCAAUCUUGAUUUUGUAAUAGGGCCACAUUUGUUUUUAUCAAGAAGAAUAUUGGUCCUCUUUAAAAUUGUUGAGCAACAUAAUCAAUCAACAUAGGUGAAUAGAAUCAUGAGCAUUCCCUUCUUAGAAGAGAGAUGGGUGUUCUGAAUAGGAAAGAUCACUAGGGUAUAUAAUUCCAUUUUCCAUGACAUUUAAGUGAGAAUAAUCAAGAGGCUUCCUUAUAAUCAUCUUAGGGGCAUUGUUGCAAAACAUAACAUAUUUCAAGCUUUAUCCAGUGAGUAUUUCAAAAAGAUGUAGGAAACAUAUUGAUAAUGGAUUGAUUAAAAAAGAAAAUGCAGAUAAACUGUAAUUCAAUGUAUUGGGGAAUACAAGUAGAAAAAUAUGUUAUCUAGUAAAAGUGUGGUGGCUGGUUGCCACUCUGAGGUAAGGCUUGCAAAUUAUAUAUUUCUGUUAUUAAAUAAGUAAAUACUAUACCUAACAGGAGAAUAGGAAUGUUUACAGUUGAAAGGGAGAGGGACAGAAAAGGCAUUUCCCUGUAUAUCUUUUUAUUUUUUUUUCAGGCUUGAGAAGCAAUGACGAAUGUCAAGAACUUUCUGUCUCUCCUAGAUAAUUCAAAGCCUUAUUUUUAUUUCUUAGCAGAAAAACAAUUUGGUGUGCAAUAUACUCUGGGAAAAUUCUCUCAGAGUUCACAUUGGAGUAUACCAUCAGUAAUGCAAAGCAUUAAGAAUAAAGCUUCAAGCAUAAACACCCCACAGAACCUAGACCAAAAGGUUUUUAAUAAGGCAAACAUAAAUAGGGAGAAAAUGAAAAUGUAAAAGGAAAAUUUCCUUUUUUUUCCAUAAAGGAAAAGCAGUAGUAAUUAGUAUAGAAAGUUAGAUUCUGCUAGAACUGGUGGGAUCCAGAAUGGUGAUCGUAUCAGGCAGGAUUCAGCCUUGAUAGUCAUAUUUAUGGGGAAAAAACCACAAUGACCACUAUGCCUGACCCCAACCUGGCUUAAGUGUAACUUUGACUUUCUUAGUCAUUUAGAAGUUGUAGGAGUAGGCUCUGGGGGACUAGCAUGAGAUAGAGUAUAGGAGUCACCUGUCCCCACACUGUAUUAUCUAUAACCCCAAGAUAUUGCCUAUUAUGCGUGUUUCCCUAUUGUCACAUUUACUAUUGUAGGUCAUUUUAUCUGCAUUUAUAGACUCUACCAUGGACAGAAUAAUAGGUGCUCUGAAUAAUACAGGGUGAUUAGAAAGUGGAGCAUUUACUCUUAAGUACCUUACACUUUAUUUAGAGAGGCAGAUAUAUAUCUACAGAGCUACUGGAAAUAUACAAUAUUAUAUGUAUGUAUAUAUAUAUGAGAAAGAGGCCACAAGGAUUGGGUAUUAAUGGGAUGCAGGAGGGCAUUUCUUGAUGGUUUUUGGAUGACAUUGACUUGAUCCAUAAACUGCUACUGGGUUGAGUUAGGAAGAAUAUCUGACGGUCAGUGAUUUAAAUAUAAGACUUCAAGAACAGCAUAGGAAUGUUUGGAGAUGAUCAGUGGCUAUGGGAGUGGGAGAACAAUGAGAAGGCGAGCAGAGGUGGUGGAGAAGACUGUGGUCAAAGUUAACAGUAAGCUAUUCAUAUGACCCAAGAUAGAUCUUAUCCAACAUGUUCACAUUAAAUUUAUGGAUAUUUCCCAUAUCCUUUAUGUUGCUGAGCCCCCAUAAUUAGGGUGACUGUACGAUUUACUCAAGUACACAGUGUGAGAGUGAGAGAGAGUUCUGUUAAUUAUUGUAAACUGGGACUGUCUCAGGCAGACUGCAUCUUAUAUUCCCCUAAUGAAAUGUUAACCAAGGCCGGUGCCGCGGCUCACUAGGCUAAUCCUCCGCCUUGCAGCGCCAGCGCACUGGGUUCUAGUCCCGGUCGGGGUGCCGGAUUCUGUCCCAGUUGCCCCUCUUCCAGGCCAGCUCUCUGCUGUGGCCAGGGAGUGCAGUGGAGGAUGGCCCAAGUGCUUGGGCCCUGCACCCUAUGGGAGACCAGGAGAAGUACCUGGCUCCUGCCUUCGGAUCAGCGCGGUGCACCGGCUGCAGCACGCCAGCCGUGGCGGCCACUGGAGGGUGAACCAAUGGCAAAAGGAAGACCUUUCUCUCUGUCUCUCUCUCUCACUGUCCACUCUGCCUGUCAAAAACAAACAAACAAAAAGAAAUGUUAACCAAAAAGAACUGGGGUACAUUUUGGGCUAUUCUGUUGUCUUGUAAACUUUCCUUCUACAUUUUUUCUCAAGAGGAUAGAAAAAGGGUUUUGAGUAUGGGAUCAGGAGAGAGGAUAGAGCAGAGAGGAAAAAUUGAAACCAAAACUGGACACAGAGCACACACCAGGCAUGGUACAUAGCUUUGGGAGUGGGAACUAUUCCUAUGCUUUCUACUCUCCACUCACCUUCAUGCUCAAAUCUGGAUUACAGAGUUAAAAAGAAUUCAAUCUAGGCAGUGUAGUAGAUGGAAAAAGCUUUGGCUUUUGAGCCAUGAAAAGCCAGGAUCGAAUAUUUACUCCAUCAGUAACUACUGGAUUUUGUAUAAGGUAUUUAACCUAUUUCAGCUUCUAUCUGCAGAUAGUGGAAUGGUGACCAUAACUUCACAGUGUUGUGGCAAAGAUGAAAGUAUGAAGUUAUGCAUGGGGCAGUGUUUUCUGACACUACAGACCAAUACGUGACCGUCACUGUUGGAUGUCUACCCAAGAGCCAUUUUCUUUUGUUUCUUAAUUUGUCUAUGCAUUGGGCAGUUAUAGGUGGUGGUGCUGUCAAUGUUGCAAGGCAAUCAUGAUCAUUCUACUCCUCUUGUUAGUGACUGGCCCCGGAAUAAUGUGUAACCUUAAGCCUACCCAUAAACAGAGGGAAGUCUGCUGGGGACACUUUGGGGAAGAUUUCCUUGCUCUGACAAAAAGAUCACAGGUAGGAUUUAUUCUUGUUUCUUCCUCUUAAUACAGAGAUGUGAGGAGUGUGUAUAAACUACAAUAGGUACUACCAGCCUGCAGAAGAAGGGAGAACUGACUAUAAAAGGGACCUGGAUCCUUGGUUAUAUCAUCAUGCUAUUAAAAUUAACCAACUUACAAAUGACCCUUCUUCUGUAUUUGCAUGAGGUAAUAAUAAUUUUAAUGUAGAAGUUACUUUUGGCUGCAUCUUUUGCUACUUGACCUGAACGAAUAUUAACUGAUAAACAUGCUACUAAUUAUUUACCUCAUCUGAGUCAGAAUUCAAACACUUAGUUUCCUCUCCUAAGUCUUCAAAAGGAGUCAUUCGGCUUCUGAAUGGGAUUAUGUGUCCUCAAAAAGAUAACAUUAAAUAUGAAGCUAUCUAGAUAAAAAGGAUGGGAUACUAGAAAAAUACAACUCACUAUUUUGAGAGAAGCAAUGAGUGCACUUGGAGAUGGGGAGGUUACAACAAAGGUCUUUAUAAGAUGCUUGAGGUUGAGAAGAAGAAUACUAAAUGAACUUUACAAACAAGAGACUGUCCCAUUCAUGGACAGCCAACAAUGGAAAAAAGGAAUUUCUUGGCACUUUCCUACAACUUUGAUCAGGAGGCUCUCAAGAGAAUCAUGGAUGUCUAAGUUUCAAAGGAUUUUUUUAAAAAGGAGGAAAAAUUGGUUAAGAACAUCUAGUUGCAGAAAUCACAUUGGGGACUAUGUUCAGAGAAUGAAAUGGCAAGAAUAUUUCAAGAAUAUUAACAGCUAGGAAUGCUAAUCACAAUUUAACAAGUAAGCUUUCAGUUUUGUCAUGGUUGUUCCUAAAAGUUUGGCAGAUUUACCCAGUUCAAUUGACGUUAAGGGAAGAUACAGGGAGUAGAGCAGAGAGAGCAGAGAGCAGAGGUUCUAACUACAUGUAUGAUCCCAAUUAGACAAGAAGCUGUUUCUUGCCCGAGAGCUCCACCACAUCUGCUCUUCCACUUUCAGAACACAGAGAGCAAUAGCUCCAGGACUAGGCAGGGCACGGCAGCAGUAUUUGGGCUCAGAUGCAGCCUAGAAAUUGGCUUUUCCACCCAUGAAGGAGUGUGUCAUGGCUUUUUCCUGACAAUUAUAGAGAAUGCUUUAAGGAUAUCCACAUCUUCCAGUGAUAUAAAAAUAAAGACCAGAUCACAGUGAUUUGUGUUAUCUGAGACUGUCUGAAAUAUGGUCUUAUGAGGGGUCUUCAAAAAGUCCAUGGAAAAGCUAUGUUUGGACUUCAAAAUUAUUUGCACUAAUAUAAAAGUGUUUUUUAAUUCCAUUUACCAUGAACUUUUAAAAAUAGUGUAGAGCAUUACUAAAGUAGUGAAAUAUUUUUGCAACUUUCUUGUAAAUGUGACUGCAUAUUCCUUACAUUUUAAAAGAAUAUGAACAAGUAUUGAAUUCAAUUCACUUGACACCAGAUGGCUUAUUCUCAAAAGCAUGCUAUGAGGAUUCUUACUAAACUUGAGGGGCUAUGAUCGCUCCUGUGUUUUCUUGCUAACCUCUCCUACAACCGGACCUCUUUAAAAUUACCUUUGAAAUUCAGUUCUGCAAGAGAACUUGAUGUCAACUGCAGCUUGACCAAAGUCACAUACCUGGGCAGGGGCAGAAGAUAACAAAACCAAAGCCUCAGUCCUAAUUGAACUGCUUAUUUAUUCUAAUAACAUUUCCCUCUCUUCACCAUGUAGCUCAUUGAUUUUUAGCUUUUCAAAGUUAGGCUGUGCCUUGUUUGCCAUAUAUGUAGAGAACUCUGUAUCUCUAAAUCUGUAGACAUAUUUUCUGGAGGAAACGUGUUAUAAACAUUAUAAACAUUGGGGCAAAUUAGAGAGUUUGCACUGUGAACCAUCUGACUAUAAAUCAUAUUUUAGAUAUUCUAGAAGCCAAAGGGUAGGUGGGUAGGAUGAUGUGUAGAAGUAGAAAUCUGUAAUAGGAAUAAGAUACAGGAAGGAUGAAGUGGGUCAAGUUCCUGAAGGGUAGUCUGUAAUGAGUAGUGCUACUUAAAUGAUAAGCUCUGCUGGGAGCAAUAGCAAAGCAAUUUAAAGUGGUCUGUGAUUAAUAUUGAAACAGGACAUGAAUAAGUAAUUCUGAUGAAUUGAUACAGUGUGAGUUCAUCAUAUUACUACUGUAAUGUAAGGAGAUGGCCUUAUUUUCAAGCUUUGGUAAAUAUAAUGUCAUUUUCCAUGUUUUUGAGGUAAUGAUUUUUAUUAAUGUUCUUCUUUGAAAUAGUAUGGAAAAUAGGAGGAUGAUGUGAAUAUAUGUAACUCUAAAGAAGGAAGAAAAGAAAUAGAGCAAUAACCUAAGGUUGUUCAGAGGAGGCUACUAUGAUUACACAAUCUGCCCACAAAGUUCUUCUCAAGGGCCCUUUUCCUUUGGGGAAAAUUAUUAUAGUUUGUUGAUUUUGUGAAUUCAUUGAAGAUACGCAAUAUAAGUCCAAAGAAGUUAAAGCUUUCUGCUGCUCAUGGAACAGACAGUUUAUGAGGUUUGGAGGUAAGAAAGAGGAAAAAAGUAAAGGAAUCAGUCUCAUUGGCUUAAUGUGAGGCAGGAUUGAUUGUAUACAGUACUGGAAGGAAUGAGGACAGCAAAGGCAAUCUAUUUUACAGAACCCAAACUUGCAAACAGUAUACUCAUAUUUAAUAACUUUAAUAAUUAUAUUGGGAAAUCUCUCCCCUUUCCUAUUUGUCUUAUAAUAAGGCCUGGGGAAGAAACAGGAGCUGGGAAACAAUACUGACUGCUUUGGUUUCCAAAUGGGGAUAUUUUAAGUUACUGAAUCUGUGACCCUGUAUACCUAAGGUAAAUGAAUAAUGUUAUUUGGCUUCUCUUCAUUAUUUUCUUUGAUCUAUAUUCCAUUGUCUGCAGGACAGGGAAUGCAGACUGGAUUGCUCAGAAGAAUGGAUUUCUUUUCCAACAAGUUCAGAAAUACAACUACUGUUCCCACCUGACUUCUGACUCGGGCCUUUAUGAUGAGUGCUGGUUGCUCAAAGACAUAACAGACAUCCAGGGAUUAAUCAGAAACGGUUCUGAGCACCUUGACAUACCAAGUACUUUUUACUCAGGAAAAACCCAAAACCAAGCACACACACAAAAAUGCCCAAACAACUCUUAGAUCCCUUCCACUCAAAUAGGAAACUGUUUUAGAAACACUAAUAAAACUCUUCAAACUUA